AUGUUAACAUUACUAAAAAGGAAGCCGGAGUUGCCCUGGGGUUAUAUUAAUGUAUUUAUAAAGAUCCAAGGAAAAUUAGAACCUCGUGAUCAGACAAAACCUUGGUCCCUCAUCUCCUACGGUUUUCAGCACAUCCCAGAACAAGGGCCUGCAUUGCGUUCUUCUUCUGAAAUGAAGUUGCUAGUUUUGGAUUUGCAGCUUUUCUUUCUGCACUGUGGUUGUUCUGACAGCAGGAUCUUGGAAAGAAAAAUGUUGUGGAGAAAUAUAAACAGUAUUCCAAAACCCAGUUCUGCAGUUAAGCUGAACACAGAACAUCAUGGGAAAGUGAUGAUGGACAAUGGCAUAGUCCAUGUCACCCUGUCAAGACCAGAGGGGAAUGUUGUGGGAAUAUCAUAUGAGGGAAUCGAAAAUGUACUAGAAUCUCGCAAUGAUGAACAAGACAGAGGGUAUUUCGAUGUAGUUUGGAAUAAACAAGGAAAAGACAAUAAUUAUCAUCAGAGAAUCGAGGGGACAAAGUUUACAAUCGUAGCAGAAGAAAAAAAUCAAGUGGAGGUUUCGUUCACCACAACAUGGACAUCUUCCAUGGAAGGCAAAAGCGUCCCCAUCAACAUAGACCGAAGGUAUAUAUUGCGACGAGGAAGUUCUGGAUUUUACUCUUACGUUAUAUUCGAUCGUCCAGAAGGAUUUCCAGCAGUCCAGGUUGAGCAAAUCAGGACUGUUUACAAGCUUCAGGAAGACAGGUUCCAUUAUAUGGCUAUCUCAGACACUAGGCAAAGAUACAUGCCAACAAUGGAAGAUAGAAAAAGAGGGAAAACUUUAGCUUAUCCUGAAGCUGUUCUCUUAACCAACCCAUCCAACGAAAUCUUUAAAGGAGAGGUGGACGACAAAUACCAGUACGCUUGUGAGAAUAAGGACAGCAGAGUACAUGGUUGGAUUAGCAUCAAUUCUAAUGCAGCCAUGGGGUUCUGGUUAAUAACACCCAGCAACGAGUUUCGCAAUGGCGGGCCCAUCAAGCAGGAUCUUACUUCUCAUGUGGGCCCCUUUACUCUCUCCAUGUUUAUGAGCAUGCACUUGGCUGGGAAGGAGGCAGCCAUGGAAUUUCAAGAAGGGGAGACCUAUAAGAAGGUUUUUGGCCCUGUUUUUGUGUAUCUUAACUCCAUUUCGAGCAAUGCCAAUGCACAAACGCUCUGGCGAGAUGCUGUACAACAAAUGUCGAAGGAAGUCCAAAGCUGGCCUUACGAUUUCCCAAAGUCACAAGAUUACAUUCCACCCACCAAACGUGGAAGUGUGACUGGAAGAUUACUGGUUCAAGAUCGGUAUAUCGAAGGAGGCAGGUUCCAAAAUGCUAACUCGGCUUAUGUUGGUUUAGCUUUGCCUGGUGAUGCAGGAUCAUGGCAAACAGAAAGCAAGGGUUAUCAGUUCUGGACUCAAGCUGACAAAGAGGGCUAUUUCGCGAUAAAGAAUGUUAUCCCAGGAAAGUAUAAUUUGUUUGCUUGGGUUCCAGGCUUUAUUGGUGAUUAUAAAUAUAAUACAACAAUCACCAUCACGCCAGCGUGUCGGAUCAAAUUAGGUUUUCUUGUAUAUAGUCCUCCAAGAAAUGGUCUUACCGUUUGGGAAAUUGGAGUGCCAGAUCGGUCAGCAGCAGAAUUCUAUAUCCCGGACGCAAAUCAUGAACUCCUGAACAAAUUAUACAACAAUCGUCCCGAAGAAAAGUUUAGACAAUAUGGAUUGUGGGAACGCUAUGCUGAAUUGUAUCCAAAAAAUGAUCUGGUUUACACUGUUGGUGUUGACUCUCAUGAUAAGGAUUGGUUCUUUGCUCAUGUUACAAGGAACAUAGGAGAUAGCAGAUAUCAGCCAACUACAUGGAAGAUUAAAUUUGAACUUCGAAGACGGAAUCUGUUAGUAGGAAAUUACACCCUACGACUGGCUUUAGCAUCAGCCACUAGUUCUAAAUUGCAGGUUUGGAUCAAUGAGCAAGGUGAGAAGCGUCCCCUAUUUCAAACUGGAUUGUUAAGAGGAGACAAUGCCAUAGCAAGGCAUGGAAUCCAUGGACUGUAUUGGUUGUUCAGCAUCGAUGUUCCAAGCGAUCGUUUAGUAGAAGGCAACAAUACUAUCUAUUUGAAACAGCCACUUGCCAUUAGUCCUUUCCAAGGACUUAUGUAUGACUAUAUCCGUCUAGAGAGACCUUCCAAUCUAAGAAUUUGA